AUGGCUAGUUUCAGACGAGUGGCCAAUCUUACAAUGGAUCAAGCUACACGAGUCGGUCCGACGGAUCAGUCGAGUCCCAUGGCAGCAGAAGGCAGUAGAUGCUGGCUUCGUGACAUGUGGGAUCGGAGGAAUAGAACCUCACCAAGGAGCUCAAGAUCUUUGAGCCAAGUCGUUCGCGCAUACUCUUUCCCUGGUAUCGACGCGAAGGUAGGCGCCGCAAGGAUUCGUGCGCAACGCGGUGGAUCUACCAAGAGUCGCUGUGCAACUCUUUCAAGAGGCGGUGCUGGUCUGCGCCAUCUUGCAACUCGAGGUGCUCACACUUAA